AAGGAACCAGCCGAGCUACACGGCGCUUUCGGUUCUUCUCUAUGGAUUCGAUGCUAUGAGUAUUACUACCUUUGGGAGCGACAAGACAUCCAUCCGGCGCUGACGAAACCCGCACAAACAAUAAGGGCAAAGACUUCAGAAAAACAUGGAAAAACUGGUAGCUCGGGCCGAGGAGGAUCUCUGAAGCUCGGGUGAAGACGCCCACACCCAUCAAUCAGCCAGUGUAUACUUGGUACGCACCCAGGGCCAUCUGCGCGUUGGGAUGGGACAUGGCAUGGAUCUAAAGACUGUGUGUUUCAAUCCUUCCGCGGGCGGGCUCGAGACCGGAGUUGCCCUCCCCGCCGCCAGCCCACCCAACCCAAGCCGACAAGGGGCCGAGAUGCUCGUAUGCCUUUUGGCUCCCGCCCCUCAUCCCCAGAACUUUGUGCUUUUUGAAGUCGGCUACGCGCCCGACUGCACCACCCUGCUAGCAUCUCCCUACCUCUUGUCACUGCUGCCCUCCAUCUAAUUCGAUCCUUGCCCGACUGGUCACAACGUACACCUACCCAUCCAACCCCCUGGUUCCGUCAUCUCGGGUGGCCUGGUCAUCUGGUCCCUGGACACUCCUCUGCGACCCUGCGCGCCCCGAUUUCCCCGUGGAGGUGGGACCCAAAAGACGGGCGGGAAGGCCCUGACGUCGUGACAUCCUUUCGAGUCGACUGUGCGCAGAACUGAGACCUUGGGGCCCAUAUACCGGGGUCUCGGACCCUUUGCUCCCCGGCCCCAGCCCGUCGCUGGGGGCUGUAUAUAGCUUCCUCGCCUUGGAUGGUCGCCGAGUGCGCUGCCGGGGGAACACCACCAGGAGCAACAUCGGAGUGUGCCAACAGCCAAGUUUCGGGCCAAUCCAAGGCCAUCUCGGCGUUGCUUGUUCAUCGUCGCUCUCGUCCUUGGCCGUCCCUCCUCGGCAUCCAUCCACGCCCGCCCUUGUUGCGACGCCGCCCUCUCGACCCCGCCUCAGUCUAGCUCCGCAACCCCGUCCGCCAGGUCGGCACAGACCCGCGCGCACUGGCUGUUGGGUUUGCCCUAGAUGGACAAAAGCCGAGUGGAGCUGCCCAUACACUCCUGUCGCAGCGCCGCGAGAGACGCUGGCGCCUAGCCUCUGUCCUUGGCAAGAGUUUGCUUCCUACCCCCGUCGGCGCCGGCGCCCGGGCGCGCCCAGGGCCGGCCUGCUUCUAGCAUGGCUUCAGGCUCCUCGGGAUCCUCCUACUCGUCCUCAGUUCGCUAUCCACCUUCGUAUGUCCAGGCCCAGACUAGCCCGCUGGACUCGACCUGGACUACCCCAACGACCAGAUCAACUGCCUCGGCCAACACCGCGCAUUCCUCCCAGCCGCCCACGCCUCUCCGGCCAUUAGACCUUGGCCCUCCCGGAUAUCAAGCAACCAUGUAACACGCAACCGCUUUCGUCCGCCUCGCACUUUACCGUCUUCUCUCAGUCUACCCCUUUCAUCUGGCCCUCCGCACCUCACCCCCUCCCUCAAAAACAUGGAAAUCAUGCCUAACGAUUCUGGUCUGACAGCACCCUGUUCGAAUGUACCGCCGACGAAAUAACAGUUUACCUAGGCCCGUGGGAUCUCGAGCCAGCCGGCGCCGACCACCGCCGCCUAUCAUGGCAAUGCAGCUACCAAGGGGAGGUCCUGGAGCACUAUCUGCCGGGAGACUCCCCCGCAGACACGAUACCGCUCACGCACCACGCUCACCAUCGCCGAUUCGAAGAUCCUGCUGACAUGGAGCUUUAUGUCAGCUUCAACGGGCCGCAGCGGAUACGAUACGUAGCUGCAGACGGCACCCCCAUCCACGAUGCCUACAUUGAGGUCAGAUACGACUUCGCCACGUUUGAAAACUCGAUCCGGUUCCAGAGCGAUCUGCGGCACAGGGAACUCGUCGACUUUUUCGAUAUAGAUGUCGUUUGGUCCGACAAGGACGAGCGAAAGGACCGUUUCGGGGCCGUCAGAGGUAUCGCGACGGGCCAGCGAGUGAAGGUGUGGAAGGACAUGCAUUCGUUGCAGCACUGCUUGACUUUCCUGGCCAGUGACCAUCGAUUCCGCGAGUACUACAUGAGUGCUUUCGAGCGCGAGAUACGAAGCCGAGACCGCGCGCGCAAGUGGCUCCGGCUUGACGUCCGAGGGAGACGCGGGAGCGGCCACGAUACGGCUCCGUCCUCACGGCGCAGGUCCUUCGGGCUGUUUAGCCGUGGACGCUCGGUGGACGACACGGCUGGUGGCCAGGCCUCGAGCUCCCAUCAACCCGAUCACGGCUCCUCCUCACCCAGCCUCACCAUUCGUCACCUCGGCGUACAGUUCUCUCGGUCAGAAGAUUACGAAAGGUUUAUACAACGAUGGGAUCAGUCCUGCGCAGAGGACAGCACGUUCAACGGGAUUCUGUACCCGUCGAACCGUUUCGAGCUCGCCUCGGCUGAACCCCAUGCGGAAAACGCGGUGGAGCUUCCAGCAGGCCCAUAUUCGACGCUCGAGACCGUUUCUGAGCCACAAGAUGGCGAGGCGCCGUGACAGCCGUAAAAGGAGCCACGGGUGCUGUGGUUGAGAGGUAGGCCCUACCAACUAUAUAGGGUUGAGAAGUGGGAAUGAUAUACAGGAGGGAGAUGGUGCGCAACGCUUGUUCCCCAUCCAGAAAGGACAGCAGGGCAUUUGAAGUUGGAAGGUAUGAUUGUCCAAGGCACCACGUGGUGGCAUGUCCCGUCCUGUUUAGUACCUAUAUUUAAUAGGUGAUAGAUAUCGUGUUGGAUGGCUUUGAGAACAGGACAUUGUCUUUUGGAUGCCGUCUAACUGAAACCUCACUGAGUCAAUAUCUUGCUCCAAGAUGGCCCUGACGAGCCCGUGUCGCUCCACAUGACCCAAGUCGCACUUGGCCAGGACCCCUGCCUGUCACCACCUGCGGGACCCC